AUGGUGAAGAGAGAUAGAGGACUCACAGAUGAAGAAAGAAGGGCUCUUCGUGGUAGCAAAUUCGCUCCUCUUCCUCCUUUUGUUUCCUCUCCUUCCCGAUCCAAACCCAAACCCAGGUUACCUCACCCCGAUGGGCCAUUGACAACAAACAAGGCUGCGGCUUUGGCGAAGUUCCUUGAAAGAAAACUCCAGGAGCCUAAUGGAUUGGCUUCUAUAAAGCCUAAACUUGUUGAACUGGCUAUCAAAAAUGCAAAGGCUACUGUAAAUGCAAGUGGGGCUUCACAUUCAGGAAGAAUAGUUCGACAAGUAGACUCUCUUGGUGACUUUGAGGUGGAUUCUUUGGAAGAUGGAGGUGAAAAGAUUGAGUCAAAGAAACACAAGAAAGAGAAGAAGAAAAAGAAGGAUAAGGGAAAAAAACAAAAAAAACAAAAGUCAUCAAAGGACACUGCAGAUGUUGUAGUGAAACGGCCUAAAAAGAAGCUGAAAUUGUGA